UUCACUUGCUCCCUAUCGCAGUGCUCAAAAUACAGGUUUUAUCGACACUGCUUAAGGUCAAGUGCACUGAUUUGAUGGCGUUUUAUUUUGUGUGCUGACUCAAUGCUUUAAAAAUAAAAGUCGCCUUUUCAAAACUCUUAUCAGCUUAUAACAAACAAGUUCAUUUGAAAAAAAGAAGAGUAAUAAACAAACAAAUUUGCGAUGAGGCGAAAAUUGCACCCGUAAUACUUUCGCUCAAAUCAGUUCAAAUAGCAAAAGCAUUGCGGUAUCAUCGGAAGAUGAAUGAAAAGUGCCAGCGCAAAAUUUUCGUUCUACUUUGUCUAUUUUUAACACUUCAAGGCGUUCAAUGCCACACCACGAGCGACGAAGCGAAAGUGCGCACGGGGCGGCAGGUUUCGCGCGUUUACCGCCUACAGCUGAUCAAUAUGCUAAACAUACUCGACGAGGACGCCGAUCAGUGUGAAGAUUUCUUUGCGCACGCCUGCGGUUACUUCGCCGAAGCAAUGGGAGACGGUUUGCUGCUGAGUGGCGAGCAACAGUUCGAUAGCGAGAGUGAAAUUGAAUUGACAACAGUGUCACCAUUUCUGUACAACUAUGAGGAUCGCAUGCACUUCUUUGAACGCAAUAAAGCGAAUUUUGUCACACCUUCUGGCCGGUUACUUAGCGCGCUCUAUGCUGCUUGCAAGAAACGCAAUCGCACGAAAGCGGACGCGCGCGGUUCAUCGCUGAUUCAAUGGCGGCGCAUGUUACGCGAAAUUCCCUUUCUCGUGGAGAAUGCACGCCUCUUCAGAGAAUGGCCUCUGCUGCGGCAUGAGUGGGCGGAGCUGGAAGCACAACAAGCUUACUUAGAUUGGAUGAAAUUGGCUGCAGAUUUUGCGGCACAUGGCGUGUUAAAUUUCGUGCGCGUCUUCUUUGCCGAGGGCACAGUUUUUAUAGGGCCAGUGCGGGCGGAAGAGGAUGUACGUUGCCCAUCGCUAGAUGAAUGGCAAGCGAAAUUGUUGCCCUUUCGCCGCAAGGGUAGCAAGCAGGCGACACAGGUGAUCGUCAGCGAGUUGCGCACCUUUUGUCGUGACUUGAUCGGUGAACUGCCACACGAUUCCGAGCUGCAUGUGGAAAGUACUGCAUACGAUUCGUUCUUUUCUGAUGUACAAAGUAAUUACUUUCAAUUCAUGUUCGAUCGCCUGCAGCUCAGUGAGCAGGAAGUGGCGGAUGCGCGCGUAAUAUUGAUUGAAGAAGAACGCUUGCGCCAAAUAGCUGCACUCGUACAUACUACGCAUCCAAGCAUACUUUUUAACUUUGUGCUUUGGCAAGCCUACUCAACGUUGCAGUAUGAUGACUGCUUCUUGCUCACUGAAGAGUUUGAGGACUUGCUGUUGUCAGAGUACUGGAAUUGGGAUGUGUUUAGUGAGAGUUUUAGUCGCAAAGUCGCCUUGGCCACUUAUUUAUAUCAUACCACGCGUUUUCAAGAGCAGCGUCGUGUGGUGCUUAUGGGCGAGAAGUGGGAUCGCUUUUUGUAUGCCAAGCUGCAGCGUAGUGACUUCAAUUUGCCGCGUCUUCUUUCCACCUAUGCCAAAACAAGCCUAGAUCCAUCCAAUCUUACACACAUCUAUGAAGCCGAUACAUUCGUUGAAGGCGAUUUCUAUGGGAAUUUACUCGCUUUCCGGCGUCGUCAGCUAAGGAAUUCAUUCUACACUGCCUUUAUCGAUACUGAAGACUACAAUCACCCCAUAUACUUCCUGCGUCAUUUUCUGCAUUUCACCAUUUUGACUUUGCAACGUCCGCUUUUCCACUAUUUUGCUACGCUCGGUUUUGAUCUGUGGCACAAACCGGACCUGCUCUACAACUCGGAUGGCUACUAUACGGCUUUGGAUUGCCUGGAGCGUCAAUCGCUGUUGAAUUUCGGUGAUGCGCCCGUCUUUCAGUUGCUGGACGACACACAAGUUGCUGAAGUUUUUCGAUUUUAUCGCGCCUUUGUUGAAACUUUCCGUGAUUACAACUUCUGGCUAGAGGGCGAGUCAUUUGCAUUCGCGGAGGAUCAUGUAUUGGAACAUUUUCAUCUGACGUCGAAGCGAAUUCUAUUCUAUGCCGUGGCUCAGCAAUAUUGUGGACGAAAUGACGCCUGGUAUGGGCUGCUGAUAAAUCGGAGCUUCAUGAAUAUGCCACAGUUUGAAGCAGCCUUCGAGUGUGAUGCGGAGGCACCAAUGAAUCCGUUAGUCAAGUGCAUGAUCAAUCACUGCGACUAAUGUACUAAAGUUAGUACUAAGUACUAUAAGGAAAUUUAUGUUUCGUAGCUUAAGUGAUAACUGUUAGAGAGCGCACUUAGUCAAAUUGGAGGAUGAUAAAAAUAAAGUAGUGUACAAUGAAUACAAUGAAA